AUGGGGUUUGCAGAGGAUGAGCUGUUCAAUGGCUACCUGCGGCGCAACAUGGCAAAGAUUGCAACUGUUGUCAAAGUGAGAGAAAUCCUGCCCCAUCUUCCCUGCCUCUCGCAAUCAGACCAGGUGGAGGUCACUGCAAAGCGGGAAAAUACAGGCAACUUUAAUGCCAUGCAGCUGCUGCUGGGCCGUCUGAGGCGCAGUGAGAGUUGGCUAGAGGAAUUCAUCAAUGGCCUGCGGGCCUGCCAGCACACUGCCCUCGCUGACGAAAUCCAGGCAGAGUACAAGUCCCUGAAAGCCCAACCUGGUGGCAUAGCUGCAGUUGGCAGUUCUCCUCAGCCUCCACUCAAGCCCAGCCCCACAGCCACAUCAGAAGCAGCAGAGACUCCAGCUGUGGCCACACCUCCUUUCCUGGAAGCUGCCUCUAGUGAAGGGGCAUCUGGCAGUCAAACAAGUCCUCCACAUACUGUAGCCCAGACCCAGAACCUCCCAGAUCAACCCGCUGCCUCCUCCCAAAUCCCUCCUUCUGAGGAACAUGCAUCUACCCCCUCUAACUUCCCUGUGGCUCCAACAGUUCACACCUCCAUCCCUGAAGUCCCACCUCCAUUCCUUCAGAUGUCCCCAGUGAAACCACCAGUUCAAGAUACUAAUCCACCAGACACCAAGCUAAACACUAAUGGUCAAAAGCCAGAAGUUAUCUCCAUUCCAGCUGUCAGCAAGGAGGUUUUGCCAGAUGAUCAGCACACAGGCCCAACAGUGUCCCCACCAAGCCCCACCAAGGAGGUAGCUGGUGCAUUAGCCUCCACAACCAUACUAGAUUCAGUAGAUGGUCCUUCCCCUUCUUUCUCUGUGGGAGGAGUCUUGGCAGAAGAGGAAGGGCUCCACAACAAGCCAGGGAUGUUAACCUGCAUCCACAGUGUCCAGGUGCACCGGCCCUUUGACAGCCCAUCGGUCUUUCCAGCCAUCCCAGAGGAGGAGCCAUACUCCGUGGAGUCCACCUGCCCAGACAUCAGUUCCACUGCAUCUGGCCACAGUUCUGAAAGUGUUACUCAUGGCAAUGUGGAGAGUCUUGCUGAGAAUGUUGCCCCUGGUGACUUGAAGGGUCUGGAGCCCAGAGAGCCAUGUAACAUAAUGCCUGACAACAGGGAGUGUGUUGCUGUUGACGAUGUGGAGAGUGUUGCAGAGAGUCAUGUCCCUGGUGACUUGGAGGGUGCAGCCCCCCAUGAUGGUGAGAGCAUAGCACCUGACAACAAAGACAGUGGUGUUCCUGGUGACUUAGAGGUUGUUGUAGAGAGUGUUACCCUUGGCAGCCUGGAGGAUGUAGCUCCCAGUAAUGCAGAGAGGGUAGUGCCUACCAACAUGGAGUGUGUUGCCACUAACGAUGCAGGGAUUUUAGGGCUUGACAAGAAGGAGAGUUUUGGCCCUAGUGACCAUGCGGCUGUAGUCUUCAGUGAUGGAGAGAACUUAGUGCCUGACAACAUGGAAAAUGUUGUCCCUGGCAACUUGGAGGGUGUUGCAGAGUUUGCUGCUCUUAACAAUACAAUGAGUGUAGGGCCUCACAACAAGGAGAAUAUUGCCCCAGGUGAUGUUGAGAGUGCUGCAGAGAGUAUUUGCUCUGGUGAUGUGGAAAGUGUAGCUCCUAGUGAUGCCGAGGGGGUAGUGCCUGCCAAAACAGAGAAUGUUCCCACUAACGACGCAGGGAGUUUAGGGCUUGAUGACAAGGGGAACACUGCCCUUAGCAACGUGGAGAGUGUCGCUCCUGGUAACUUAGAGGGAGCAGCCCCCAGUGAGGCACAGAAAGAAGAAGAACCUGACAAGAAGGAGAGUUUUGGCCCUAGUGACCAUGAGGCUGUAGUCCUCAGUGAUGGAGAGAAUAUAGUGCCUGACAACAUGGAAAAUGUUGCCCCUGGCAACUUGGAGGGUGUUUCAGAGUUUGCUGCUCUUAGCCAUACAAUGAGUGUAGGGCCUCACAACAAGGAGAAUAUUGCCCCAGGUGAUGUUGAGAGUGCUGCAGAGAGUAUUUGCUCUGGUGAUGUGGAAGGUGUAGCUCCUAGUGAUGCCGAGGGGGUAGUGCCUGCCAACACGGAGGGUGUUGCCACUAAUGAUGCAUGGAGUUUAGGCCUUGAUGACAAGGGGAACACUGCCCCUAGCAACAUGGAGAGUGUUGCUCCUGGUGACUUGGAGGAAGUAGCCCCCAGUGAGGCAGAAAAAGUGGGGCCUGACGACAAGGAGAGCAUUGCCCCAGGUGAUGUAGAAAGUAUAGUGCCUGAAAACAAGGACAGCUUUUCCACCAGCAAUGCUAAGAGCUUAGUGGGCAAUUGCACAGAGAACAUAGGCCUUGACAAUGUAGAGACUGCAGCCCUUGGAGAUCCAGAGAGCAAAGCCCACAUCAAGAUGGAGGAGAACCACCAUGGUCAUACCCACAUCAGCCCAUCCUCCAUCACUACACACACACACAGCCCAGAGAGCAUGUUACCAGGCACACUAACUCCUGGCAUUAAGAACACAGCUGCAGAAACCCCGGAUAGUGUAGCUCCUGCUAAUGUGGAACAUACUGCGACUACCAGUGACUCAAAGACCAUAGUCCCCACUGAUCCACCCCAAGACAACUUGGAAGACAAAGAGUAUGACACCAAUAACCUAGGGAUCAGCCCUCCUUCUGUCCCCUUUCCUAACCCCAGCUCAGAGAGCUUCACCCCUGGUGAGCUGAGCAACAUAACUCCUGAAGAGGCCUAUAGCGGGGGUCAGGCAUAUAGUGGAGAAGAAACUGACAUCAUAGCCCCUGGAGAAGCUUAUAGCGGGGGACAGGCAUAUAGUGGAGAAGAAACUGACAUCAUAGCCCCUGGAGAAGCUUAUAGUGGGGGGCAGGCAUAUACUGGAGGUGAGGAAGAUAGCAGGGGUGAGACUGACACAAGGUCCCCUGGCAAGGAAGAUACCAUAGUCCCCAGUGACACAGAGCAGCCACACACUGGGCUAAAGGAGAGUCAGUAUGAGUCCACACACCAGAAGAUCAGCUUGCCCUCUGCUUCCUUUUCCAGUCAUAUCCCAAAGAGUGUUGAUCCUGCCAAUGACAAGAAUGCGGCCCCCAAUGACAUGGAGAGUGCCGGCUUGGAUGACCAAGAAAAUAUAACUGGAGGCAUGAUCCUACCCCACAAUGGGCCAGAGGAGAAUCAGUGCAACUCCACCCAUCUGGAGAUUAGCUUGCCUUCCUUUAACUUUUCUAACCACAGCCCAGAGUCAGUUUCCCCUGGAAACAUAGAGGGAAUAACCCCUGAAAACACAGAGCCAAUCCAUAUUGAUCCAAAGCGGAACCAUUGCAGCUCCACCCACCUUGAGAUCAGUUCUACACUAUCUUCCAACCACAGUGCAGAGAGGGUAACUCCCAGCUACCUGGGGAGUGCACCCACCAGUGACACAAAACCCCCUAGCAAAGAGGCAGCAGAAAACCAUUUCAACCCAGUCCACCUGGACAAAAGCACCACCUCAGCUCUUUUGUCCACCCACAAGCUAGACGAUGUUGCACCUGGUGAUGUGGAGUCACAUCCCAACAAGCAUGGAGCAAACCACUCUGCUUCUGCCUGCCAGACCAUCACUGAUGAUAAGGAUGUGCCAGAGAAGAUUUGUAUGUCUGAAGACUCAGGCGACCAGAACCGUGUGGAGCAAGCCCUGUGUGCCACUGGAAAAACACCAGGGGGCACCCUCACAGACAAGCAUCACCCACUUGAGGCUGUUCCAGAACAGGACCAGCCCAACAGCCAGGGUCAGCAGGGUAAAUACUACAUCCCUGCCGCUGCUGUUGCCGGAGUGGCUGCUGUGGCAAUGCUAUGGCAACUGAGGAAGUAGGCUGACAUCAGGGACUUUAGCUUUAGUAGGGGAGUAGGUACCAGGGCCAGGCAUAGAGCAACUUCUCCCUCAUCCUGGAGGGCCACAGUGUCUGCAGCUUUUCUAAUGGGUUGGUGGGUCUGCUCAUUUUUAUCUUAUUAGCCUGACAUAAUUACUUAAAUUAAUAAUUAGCUGUAUCCAUUUAGAGUGAUGCAUUUUCCAAAAUACUGAACUGGUCCAGUAUAAGGAAGUUCUAAGUAUAAGGUGAUACCCUCAACCUUUUUUAAGAGAAUUUUUUAAAUUGGCAAAAGAAUGCAACUUCAGCAAUAUAUGUUGGAAAAAGUAAUGUUCUUUUAUUCAGCAUUGAAGAUGCCAUUGCAAUCCAAAAACAACGUUUGAAAUCCAGUUUAAGCUCAAAACAUUCGUCAGAACAUUUCACAUCGUCUCACAUUAAGUGACUAUGUUUGUAGCAGCAUGACAAUUUUGAUGUGCCUGUUCCAGUAUAUAUAACUGAUCUUCAGUUUUAUUCCUCUCUGCCUCUAAGGUCAUGCCAUGCAGA